AUGACGGACGCUCCAGCUCUCAAGCGGCGACCGAACAACUCCGCCAUCUUCGUCUGUGAUCUCCAAGAAAAGUUCCGGCCUGUCAUCCAUGAGUUCGACAAGGUCAUCCUCACAGCAAACAAAGUCCUCCGCGCCGCCACCGCCCUCAACAUCCCAACCUACUUCACCACCCAAAACAAAGCCCGCCUGGGCCCCGUGGUAGCCGACCUCACACCGCACCAAGCCGCCCCCAACUGCCUCGUCCCCGACGCCGACAAGACCCUCUUCAGCAUGUGGCUCCCUGAACUCACCACCAAGCUUUCUCCCACUCCCACUCCCACUGCUGGCGACGGCGGCAAAGGAAGUUCACAGCCCGACAUCGUCCUGCUCGGCAUAGAAUCCCACAUCUGCAUCACCCAGACCGCCCUGGACGCCCUCCGCGCCGGCCACAGGGUCUACGUCCUCGCCGACGGCGUGAGCAGCUGCAACAAGGAAGAGGUGCCCAUCGCCCUCGCCAGGCUGCGGGCCGAGGGCGUCACGGUUACCACCAGCGAGAGCUGGUUGUAUGAGGUUGUGGGGGAUGCAGGGGCCCCCGAGUUCAAGCAGUUGAUUGGAAUCGUGAAGGACUCUCUAGGGGAGACGCGGAAUGCGCUGCAGGCGUUGGUGCCUUUGCCUUCGGGGGGUGCUAAGAUCUGA